UACAACCAUCUCUUGUCAUUUGUUAAUGAGGUGUGUAGCAGUUUAAUUCGCUAUGAGAUUUUUCUUGUGCAUUUGUGCUUUUUCCGCGGUGUUGUCGGUGGUCUACGGAGCCCUAGCAAUUUAUCCACCAAAUCCAGAUUAUCCAGGCCACUGUUAUUCUAAAGAAACAGGUCAGAUGAAUUAUGGUGAAGAGAAGAGUCUUAAGAAUUGUGUGAGAGCCAAUUGUGGCAGCGAUGGAUCAAUACAACUAGCAUCGUGUGGAUCUAUCGGCACGAAAUGUGGACUAACAGCAGUGGAUCCAUCAAAAUCAUAUCCGGAUUGUUGUCCCCAGCCAAAACCUUGCUCAGAAGUAUCUGGGGUAUUAUAAUAGAUUGCUUGUUUGGUAAUAACUAAUUGAAUAAACAUUGCCACUUUCGCUUUUUCAAAUGUCUUAUUGCAGCAAUUUAUGUACAUUAUGUCGCUUUUUGUCUACUUGGGAAUGUUUUUAAAACUGAUUUUAAUAAAAGAUGUUCUGUUUGUCUGUAAA